GUGUCUGUUCUGCGCAGGUACGUACAAUAGCGACAAUCAACAAUGCGGUUCUAGAACGUCACAAACCAGUCGAUUCGACGUUACCGUUGCGAACGGCAGUGUUUGUUUCUUCCUGCGCGAAAAUUUGUCAUUUUCAGCGAGAGAAUGAGAAACCCCAAAGGAUAACGAUGAUUGGCCUAUUGAGAUACAUGCUCCACGUCUACCUGUUCCUCGUCGGAGCCCACUUGUUCAACCGCUCGUGGGACUAUGCGCUGGACAAGCAGUGGGUCCCUCGCGAUGGCCUGGUGGUCAAGUAUCUGAGUGAUUUCAGUGAGUUCGAGACAACACCUGAGCAGCUCAUCUACCCGGUAGCAAAUGCGGAGAUAUUUGUGCGUGCUUACGUACGUCCCGCCAAUGAAACCCACUACAGCCGCCUGACUCAAUGCGAGCUGUACAAAGGUGUCCACAGGGACACUAUGGUGAGGAGACUGACGUCUGGGGGGAAAGACCCAGGACGGGUCAACAUAGAGGCUGCACGAUAUUCAUGGACGUUUUCCUACCUCGUCCGGUCCUGUUUCCGCCUGAGACAGCCGAGUGAGGACUUCGACGUGCCGCCAGAGGAGCCGCCGCCUCCCUACAUCCCCAUCACCUGGCUUCAGCUGGCCAGGAACAUCCGUGAUUGGACCACGGACUACCUGCGAGAGGCUUCCUCUGAGGAUCCAACUGAUUCUUACACCGGACCAGGACCCCGCCCAAAGAAAUGGAGCGAGUUCUUCCAAGAAACCUUCAAAAGUAUGACGGCAUGGAUCUCAUCGGACGAUGAGAAUGAACUUGACGCCGCCAACGCCCCGCCCCACCCAGCCACCAACACAGACCCCCCUGAGGUCACGUGGUCACACCUGUGGGGUGAGAUAUGCAAGAAGGCGUCCUCUGACGUCAGAGCUAUCUUUUGGUCAGACACACCUGAUGACGUGGUGAUGACACAAGAUGACGCACCCAAGACUGACCCUGCCGACCCUGAGCCCAACGGAGGUGUUUGGGCUGCACUGAUGAACCGCCUGCCCUCGUCCCCGACCACACAUGAUGAGACACCAGACCCUGGUGGUCAGGAAGACUCUACCGAGCCCGGUUGGAGCGUGCCCGCCUGGAUUGGUCGCAUUUUCCAGGCUAAGAAGCCAAUGACAGCCCAGAUUCGGGCCGACGCCCCCGUGAUCAUCGACGAUCCUCCCUAAUAGCGCCUCCUUGCGAACCGAAGGAUCCUCAGCGAUAUCCAGCUGAGAUGAUGAUAUGAUACCCUAUCCUUGUAGUUUUGAGGAUCAGGGUACUAUUUGUUGUUAAAAUACACAUGUCCUGCAGAUUGUUUCGGACGUCCAUUGGAUAUAUACAGCUCUACUAUCAACAUUUUACAAAAAUUGUGCUCGAUCGAUCUUCAAAUGCUCCGUUUUGUAACGCACGCACGCCAUAUAAUAAUCUGUUAUCCGCUAUUAGACUUCAUUUGCCAUUUACGUAGGAUCACUUCAGUAGGAUUUGCAUUGUGUAAAGAAAUACUGUUAUCGGUGCGCUGAAGUAGCAGUUUUGCUUUACGAAGGUUCAUUA